AUGCUUCGUUAUUCUCGAAAGUUCGCCAAGGAUCCGAUGGCUCGCUCGAUUCGAGCCCCCGUGGUUUCAACCCUCACGCUUCCAAGCUCGCCUUCCUCGCUAAUCCCACGCGGAGGCCGAUUCGGCGCGCUGCGGUUAAGUCUGCUCUCGAACUCUGAACCACCAAUCGCCCCAUUUUUAUCGCCAUCCCUCGCACUCUGUGGUGGGCGGCGCUUUCAAUCGUCGGGUAUAACGCCGUGGAGUAGCGGCGGCGGUGGAAACAACAGCGACAACAACAACGGUGGAGGGCAGCAGCAGGGGCGGGCCUGGGUGAACCCGCAGGCCGUACCGCCCGGGGAGUUUUUGAAGAAAUACGCACGCGAUUUGAACGAGGAGGCUCGUCAAGGCAGAUUAGACCCUAUCGUCGGCCGGGAGGAGAUCAUCCGACGGACGAUUCAAGUGCUCUCGCGGCGAACGAAGAACAAUCCCGUGUUGAUUGGCGAGCCCGGGGUUGGUAAAACCGCGAUUGUAGAAGGGCUAGCGCAACGCAUCGUCAAAGGCGAGGUCCCCGAGAGCAUCAAGCAGAAGAAGGUGUACGCGUUGGAUAUGGGGAGCCUCGUCGCCGGCUCGAAGUACCGCGGCGAGUUCGAGGAGCGCCUCAAAGGCGUCCUCAAGGAUACCACCGAAAGCCAAGGCAAGGUGAUUUUGUUUAUUGACGAACUGCACAUGCUCGUGGGGGCGGGCUCCUCAGGGGAUGGCAGCAUGGACGCGGCGAACCUGCUCAAACCCUCCCUCGCGCGCGGGGAUCUGCACUGCGUCGGCGCCACCACCCUCGACGAGUAUCGCAAGCACAUCGAGAAGGACGCCGCCCUCGCCCGGCGCUUCCAAUCCGUCCUCGUAACCGAACCCACGGUGGAGGAGACCGUUUCCAUUUUGCGUGGAAUCAAAGAAAAGUACGAGGCCCAUCACGGUUGUCUGAUCAAAGACGAGGCCCUCGUCUACGCGGCGGUGAACUCGCACCGUUACCUCUCCGAGCGUCGCCUGCCCGAUAAGGCGAUCGAUCUGAUCGAUGAGGCCGCGAGUCGGCUGCGGAUGCAACAGGAAUCGAAGCCGGAGAUGCUGGAUGUGGUGGAGCGGGAGCUGAUUCGGCUCAAAAUUGAGAUCGAGGCCGUCAAGAAGGACAAGGACGAGGUCGGAAAGGAGAAGCUCAACCACCUCUACGAGCAGAUCGAGGCGAAACAGGCGGAAUACGACGCCCUCGAGGCGCGCUGGAAGCGGGAGAAGGCCCUCUUCCAGACGAUCAAACAGCGCACGGAGGAUCUGGACGUGCUGCGGUAUCAUCUAGAGCAGGCGAUGAGCGCUGGCGACUUCGCGAAGGCGGGGGAAAUCCAACACAGCAAAAUCCCCCAACUCAAGAAGGAGAUCGAGCGCGAUAAGGAGUUGGCGAAGUCGAAGAAUUUCAUGGUGCACGACUCGGUAACGUCGACCGAUAUCGCGGAGGUGAUCGCCCGCGCAACGGGCAUCCCGGUAUCUCGCAUCAUGACAGGUGAACGCGAGAAGCUCAUCCACAUGGACGAGGAGCUCAAAAAGUACAUCCGGGGCCAAGAUCAGGCGAUUGAGAGCAUCACGAACGUCGUGCGCAUCUCCCGCGCGGGGCUGCACUCGCACAAGCGGCCGUUAGGGUCGUUCUUGUUUCUCGGCCCCACCGGCGUCGGCAAGACGGAGAUCUGCAAAUGUCUGGCGAGGUUUCUCUUCGACGACGAGUCGUUUAUCUGUCGGAUCGACAUGAGCGAGUAUAUGGAGCGGCAUACGGUACACCGCCUGAUCGGCGCCCCGCCAGGCUACGUCGGCUACGACGAGGGCGGCGAGCUCACGGAGUCGGUCCGGCGACGACCCUACCAAAUCGUCCUCUUCGACGAAUUCGAAAAGGCGCACCCGAGCGUGUCGAAUAUCCUGCUACAGGUCUUGGACGAGGGGCAUCUAACCGACAGCCACGGCCGCAAGGUGGACUUCAAAAAUACCAUCAUCAUCCUGACCUCGAAUAUCGGCGCGGAUGUGAUCUCGACGCUGCCGGAGGGGGAGCCCAGUAUUAAUGCGAUGCCAAUGGUGAUGCAGAUGGUGCGGCAGCGCAUGACGCCGGAGUUCAUUAACCGCUUGGAUGAUAUUAUUAUGUUUAAUCGUCUCAGCCGAAGCGAUAUUCGCGCUAUUGUCGAGCUGCUAUUCAAGCAAAUUGAAACCAUGCUGACAGAGCAGAACAUCACACUGGAAAUACCAAACUCCGUUUUUGAUUGGUUCGCCACACACGGUUACAGUGUUGUGUACGGCGCCCGACCGUUGAAGCGGUUGGUGCAGGUAGAAUUGCUCAACCAUCUGGCGAUUAUGCUGCUAGAUGGUCGUAUCCGCGAAGGCGAGAAAGUGAAACUAAAAAUCGAAAACGACCGUAUGAUGGUGCUCGAGAACCACCCCUUAAGCAAGGACACCGGCCUCAGUGAUGCUGAAAUCAAGGCCAUUGCUGAUAGCUGA